ACGCGUGGAAAAAAAUUAUUGACUUGUCAUAUGCGAUUAAGCGUAGAGGCGGAAGUCUCCAAUUUGCUUUGAUCUCCAACUUUCUUUUUAGAAUAUAUUUGCUUCCGGAGACUAUUUUUGUAGUUUGCAGAAUCGUCGCGCAACUUUGUUUUGAUCACCAACUUCCUUCUAGAGCAAUAUUUGCUUCCGGAGACUAUUCUGUAGUUUGCAGAAGCACCGGCCACUCAACGGCAGCAACGAUCACUUCCCUGAUCCACUUUAUUUGGAGGUUGUAGACGCAUCGGCCACUCAACGGCAGCAACUAUCACCUCUCCAUUUUAUUUGAAGAAGCAUCGACCACUCAACGCGCGGCGGCAACGAUCACGUCCUGAUCCAUUUUAUUUGGAGAUCUGAAAGAAGAGCAAGGAUCUGCCGCUGCUCUCUUCUGCGAUCACAUGGCGGUGGAACUAAUAGUUGGGGGUUGGUUCGCGCAACCCUUUAUCAAGUACUUGGUCGACAAGGCCAUCGACAAAGCCAUCCAACCAUUUGCCGAGAGUUGGGGUUUCACGGAGGACAUGGAAAAUCUGCGCAUUUCGCUGCUGAAGACUCAAACCAUCCUCGACGAGGUGCAGAUUAGUCGUAGCAACAAAACUAAGUGGGAGCCAUUGAUGAAGGAACUCAAGGAUGCUGCUUAUGAUGCCGAGGACUUGAUAGAUGAGUUCCAAUACCAUGUCCUCAGGCAGAAGAUCAAAGGCGAAGAAGAGGACAAGGCAAGUGGCUCCACUACUGGUCUUCCAAACAUUUUUGCUGCUGCAAAAAAAAAGUUGUUUGGUUCUUCUUAUGAUAUGGGAUCUAGAGUGAAGGAGAUUCAAGGAAGGCUCGAGAAAUUUGCUAAUACUGCGAAGGACAUCAUGCAAGUGUUACCACCAAAUGAUAGAGGGAAGCAACUUGAGGUGAAGUUUCAGGUUAGAGAAUCAUGCUCUUCCCCGGUGACGGACAUAUUGUUUGGCAGAGACAGAGAACUGAAUCAAGUGGUAGACUGGUUGUUGGGGUCAGCUAAUCAGGUAGAACCUGCAUCAGGUACUUUCUCCGUCUUGGCAAUUGAAGGGAUAGGAGGGGUUGGAAAGACUACUCUAACUCAGUAUGUGUACAAAGACGAUAAAGUUCAGGAUCAUUUUGACCUUAAGAUUUGGGUCUGUGUGUCUGACAAUUUCACUGUGCAAAGACUCACUAAAUCUACAAUAGAGUCAAUAACUCUUAAAAAAAAAUAUGAUAAUAUGGAGUUGGAAGCUCUUCAAAAAAUACUCCAUCAGCAUAUUACGAAAAAGAAGUUUCUACUUGUUCUCGAUGACGUGUGGAGCGAUAAUAAGAGUAUCUGGGAGACAUUCUGUUCAUUACUCAAAGUUGGAGCUCAUGGUAGCAAAAUCAUUGUGACAACUCGAGACAUGAAAGUUUCUAAAAUGGUUAGCCGGGUGGAACCAAUCUUGCUCGAUGGUUUAGAAGGAUAUUUCUUUUGGGAAUUGUUCAAGAAAUGCUCAUUUGGCACACUCAACCCUGAAGAGUAUCCGGAGCUACAAGACAUUGGUAGAAAGAUUGCUAGCAAGUUGGAGGGCUCACCAUUAGCUGCAAAGACACUUGGCAGUGUUCUGCAAUCAGAUCUGUCCCAGCAACAUUGGACCACUGUAAUGAAGAGCGACAUAUGGAAAGUAAAACAAGAUGAAUGUGGAAUUAUGCCAGCUCUGGAGUUAAGUUAUCAAUAUCUUAAUGAAAAUCUGAAGCAAUGUUUUGCUUUUUGCUCGUUGUUCCCUAAAGACUACGAAUUCAAUAAAACUGAGUUGGUUCAAAUGUGGAUGGCUGAAGGCUUCAUCGAAGAUAAAAACACAAAGAGGAUGGAAGAUGUUGGAAGUGACUAUUUUCUUGAGUUUGUUAAUAGGUCUUUCUUUCAAAAAUCCAGAUAUAAUGAAUUCAGAUAUAAUGAAGUUGAGGAUGAAUCUGAGAUUGGAUUUCUGAUGCAUGACCUUAUACAUGAUUUAGCUGAGAUGAUUUCUGCGGAAGAGACAUGUAGGAUUGAAAAUAACAGACAAAUAAAGACACUUUCCACAGUCCGGCAUCUACGAGUAGUGGAAGUAAAAUUGCCAUUGGAGUUCUUUGGAUACAACAAGUUGCGCACCUUGGUGGUGUUGAAAAAUUCACCUCCCGAUAGCCUCUUUGAAAAACUAAGAAGCAUUCGCGUUCUGGAUGUAAGAUUGGGUGGCUUCCAGAAGUUAUCUGAACAUAUUGGUAAAUUGAUUCACCUCCGUUACCUUGAUUUAUCGUACAAUUAUGAAAUUGAAAUUUUGCCCGACUCAUUAUGCGACCUUUAUAAUUUGCAAACACUGAAGGUAGAAGUUUGUUCAAAACUAAAGACUAUACCACGAGAAUUGGAUAAAUUGGCCAAUUUGAGACACAUUGUUGCAGAUGACAGGUUUUGGGUGACGAUAAAGAAUGUACGGAGACUAACUAAUCUUCAAGAAUGGCCACGGCCAUUUCGUAUUCAAAAGGACGAUGGACUCAAGCUUGGACAACUAAAGGAUUUGACACAGCUUCAUGGAACACUUCGUAUUGAAAAUCUUGAGAAUGUUGUUGAUAGCAAAGAAGCACAGCUGGCUGAGUUAAAGAACAAAGUCCACCUAAAAGAAUUGGAGUUGGUAUGGUAUUUUAACUGGAAUAUUGAUGAGAAUGAUGCCAAGUUGGAAGAGGAAGUAAUUGAAGGUCUGCAGCCACACGAUUCACUUAAAAUAUUGAAAAUUGAAGGGUACAAUGGAGGUAGGUCGCCUAGUUGGUUGAUGCCAAAAGUUCUAUCCAAUUUGAAAAAACUUGAAUUAGUAAAUUGCAAGGGAUGGGAUGACGUUCUGCCAUUUAUUGGUCAACGUUUGCAUCUGAUUGAACUUCGCAUGGUCAACAUGCCUGCUUUGAAACAACUGAGUCAUGAAUUUGAAGGCAAGUGUUUUCCAAAGUUGAAAGUGCUUAAGUUAUAUAAUUUGCCGGCAUUAGAGGAGUGGUCUUGGACUGAGGGCGAAGAUCUAUUUCCCUGCAUGCGUGAACUUCGUGUCAGCUAUUGUCCCAAACUAAAGAGAUUACCUCCCUUCCCUCCUUCCUUAAAAAUAUUGAGAAUAAUAAACUGUCCCAGUCUCAUAUUAAAUAGCAAAACGGAAGAUGACGAGGAAGGUAGCCGCCAUCUACCGCCCUCACUCAAGGAAUUGGAAUUGACAACCUGUGGCGAAUAUGCAAAACUUUUGGCCGACUGCUUGCACAACCUUCAUUCAGUUACUCGAUUGGAAAUAAGUGAUUGUCCAUGCAUAACGUCUAUUCCUCAGGCUCAAUUGGUAAAACUGAAAUACCUAUACAUCUCUAGCUGCGAUGAGUUGAUAAGGAUGGAGUGCUUAGGACUCUUUAAAUCCCUCAAGGAAUUGAAGAUCGUAGGAUGUCCUAAGCUGGUUCAACUGGAUGUAGAAGAUGAGAAAGCAGGGAGCUUGUCAUCUCUGCGUAAAUUAUGCGUGGACAACACUGCUCUACUUAAAAUGUUUCCUCUGAGAAAUUCACUGUCUUACAUCAGAGAACUUACAAUUGAAUCAUCUUCUGAGGAGGUGAUAUUUGAGGAAGCGAUAUUGGUGCGAAGACUCACUGCUGUUACAUCUCUAAGGUUCAGUUAUUGCGAGAAACUACAAUCUCUGCCGACAGAGCUGCUGCAUUGCCUUCCCUUACUAAAAUAUUUAAUGAUGUAUGACUGUCCACAGCUCCGAUCAUUGCCUUCCUUUUCCUCCUCCCUACGGAAAUUAAAAAUAAUCAACUGUCCACAGAUCCAAUCACUGCCAGAGAAAGGACUUCCUCCUCUUCUCCAAUUACUAGAUAUAUCAGACUGUCCGCAGAUUCAAGCGAUGCCAGAGGCGGGCCUUCCCAUGUCACUAGAUAUUUUCUAUUGCACUGGUAAAGUUCAUCCAACACUGAAGGAGCAGUCAGAAAAGUUCUACGCGGAUAGAGAGACGAGGAGAGAAGCAAGUGGCUCAGCUGCUUCCUUAUUCCCUGAGUUCCUUGAGCCACUGGAUGGAAGUUAUGUUCCUUGUGAUUCUAUCCCAACUGGCUGGACCAUAUAUGGGCCCCCCACAUUCCCCCGACAGUUUUGAGUCAUAGCAGACUCAGACCCUCGAGACCCAUGAGGUUUGUUAAACUACAAUGUAUUUUUUUAUUUAUCAUACAUAAAUACAUAAAUAAUGUAAAAUAUAUUUAUUCUAUUUUCAUAUUUAAAUAUUGUAUUAAAUUUUCUCAGGAAUCUAUAUUGAUAUAUUAAUCCUCAAUAUCACCAUCUGAUAUUCAAAAUAUGAUCCAGGUAUAAUUUUAUUACAAAUCAAAUUAGUUAUACAUAUAUUAUAUUAUUUUAUCACAUCAUUUUUAUUUUAAUUUAUUGUAUUUAACUUUAUGCAGGAUUUGAUAUUACUAUCUUAUUAGAUUGUAUUUGGAUAUAUUAUAAAUGAUUAUGUAAUAUGGUAUGGAUUUUGAUAUUUUAUUGUAAAUAUUUUUAUAGUUUGUAUCAUUAUUUCACUUAAUAUUUAUUUAGCUUGUUUGUGUAUUAUUGUAAUAUGUUAGGUUUCUUAUAAUUGUUAGUUGUUGAUUUGAAUUGUGUUAGUAUGAAUUAGAUUGCAAAUGUGAGUUUGUAUAUGAAUUUGAUUAUAAGUUUAGAUAUGUAGAUAUCUUUUGUAAGUUUACAUAUGUAGAUAUCUUUUGUAAGUUUAUAGAUGUAGAAAUGAAUUGAAUUAU